UCAAGGCUGGUGUUGUUUGUUUGUCUCUGGUCCAAAAAAAAAAAGAAAAAGAAAAAACUUUUGGAUCCUUCAAGAACUUCAUUUACAUUUUGCACUCCCCCCUUACCUUCUUUUUUCUUCUCUCAUUUUAGAUUCAAAUCUUUACUUUCACAUGAUCAUCAUCAUCACGGGAUCCCCUCCUCUCCAUCUUCUACCUGUUUCCCCUCCGAUAUGGGUUUAACACCAAACCAAACCCUUCAUCUGUAAACUCAACUUCUUGUCCGAACAAGAACAACCAACAGGUUCUUUAAAAGUUUUGUCCCCUUUCCCGCUACAUUUCGUUGUUUCUGUUAAUUCUUGUUAGACAAUGGCUGGUACAUCAACCAAGAGGUUCCCUCUCUACGCCAAAGACUACGAGCUAUUCGAAGAGGUAGGGGAAGGUGUCAGCGCCACGGUGUACAGAGCCAGGUGCAUCGCUCUUAACGAGAACGUGGCCAUCAAGGUCAUGGAUCUCGAGAGAUGCAGAAACGACCUGGACACCAUACGAAAGGAAGUCCACAUUAUGAGUUUGAUCGACCACCCGAACCUGCUGAAAGCGCAUUGCUCCUUCAUCGACCGCAACAGCCUGUGGAUCGUGAUGCCUUACAUGUCUGGAGGGUCUUGCUUCCACCUCAUGAAGUCUGUUUACCCGGAAGGUCUUGAGCAGCCCGUCAUCGCUACUCUGCUGAGGGAAGUGCUCAAGGCUCUUGUUUAUCUCCAUAGACAAGGACACAUCCACAGAGAUGUUAAGGCUGGGAACAUAUUGGUUCACUCGAGAGGUGUGGUUAAGCUUGGAGACUUUGGUGUUUCGGCGUGCAUGUUUGAUAGCGGUGAAAGGAUGCGUACAAGAAACACAUUCGUUGGAACUCCUUGCUGGAUGGCACCUGAGGUUAUGCAGCAAGUAGACGGAUAUGAUUUCAAAGCGGACAUAUGGUCUUUUGGUAUAACUGCACUAGAGCUUGCUCAUGGUCAUGCCCCAUUUUCUAAAUAUCCACCUAUGAAAGUGCUGCUAAUGACCUUGCAAAACGCUCCUCCUCGUCUUGACUAUGAGAGAGACAAGAAGUUCUCAAAGUCGUUUAGAGAGCUAAUCGCAGCAUGUUUAGUAAAAGACCCCAAAAAGCGUCCAACCUCAGCAAAGCUUCUGAAACACCCCUUCUUCAAACAUGCUCGGUCUACAGAUUAUCUAUCCCGUAAGAUUCUCCAUGGUCUUUCUCCACUUGGUGAUCGUUUCAAAAAGCUCAAGGAAGCAGAGGCUGAGUUAUUUAAAGGCAUAAAUGGUGACAAAGAACAGUUAUCUCAGCACGAGUAUAUGCGAGGCAUUAGUGCUUGGAACUUUGAUCUUGAAGACUUGAGGAAGCAGGCAUCACUUAAUCCAGAUAGUGAAAUGUGCAGUUCAGAGGUUGGGGAUGAUGAUGUACCAAAAAGAAAGCCAAUGGUACAAAGGUCAAAGACUAUGUCUUUGGACAUGUUCAAGAUCUCUGAUAAGGAUCUGCUGAUGAGUUCGAGUAAUAGUCUAACGUACGGUGCAGUCCUUCCUUCAUUUCGUCGCAAGUUCCUCCCUGCUAUAGGAUAUCAAGUUGGUUCAUUUUCUGAGGAAAGAAAUGCACGUCGUGAGAGAACUGCAGAGUCCCUCGCUCUUGAAGAGCCACAUCAACCAAAAGAACCAUUAGAGGUGGAUACCAAGACGAUACUCUCUAUUGACGAGCCGCAUCAAUUAGAAUCAUUAGGGGAUAUGAAGCAGACAAAUGGCUUCACAGUUAGUGCUGUGAACCGCGCGUCAGCUACUGAAAUUCUCCCACUGUUACAGAGUCUCUUGGUUCAGAAUGAUAUUCAGAGGGAGAAAGUCAUUAGAUUAAUUAGAUUUUUUGAUCCAAAUGCCGAAACUGAAAAUCCAAUCUCAAAAACAAUCCAAGGAGUGCAGAUAUAUACAUCAUCAAGGGAGAGAGAAUUACAAUCUCAGGUUGAUUUCUUGGAGAAAAGUGUUGAGAUUCUUGUAGAGGAAGUGAAGAGAAGAAAAGAAAUAAAUGAUCAGCUAGAAGGACAGAUCAGAUCUCUAACCAGUAGCACCAGCAACAGCCUUCCUUGAGCUUUUUUGUCUCUUCCAACUUGAGGAUAAUAAUUAUUAUUUUUGUCUGUAUUCAUUAUUUAUUGUUAUUGUAUAUCAUAAUUGCGUAGAAUCACAGUUGCUGUGAAUCCCAUAUUCAUUC